AUGUUGGCUAAGCAGGCCUGGCGAAUUGUGAAAAAUCCAAAUUCACUAGUUGCUCAAAUCUUUAAAGCCAGGUACUAUCCAUACUGCUCCUUUUGGGAAGCAAACUUAAGUGAUUCGCCAUCUUUUUCUUGGCGCAGUAUAGUACAAAGCAGACCAGUACUUGCAGCUGGUGUUCAUUGGAAAGUUGGUGAUGGCACCCAAAUACAGAUUUGGACAGAUGAUUGGAUCCCUGAAGUUCCAAGGUAUCGCGUCCACAAACCUCCAAAUUGCGAGAUUCAGUUCGUCCAUGAACUAAUCAAUCAUGACUCACGCACGUGGAAUGUACAAGUUAUCUCUAGCCUCUUCCCACCAGAUAUUACCCUCCAAAUCUGCAGCAUCCCUCUUAGUCGACGUGUGCUUACAGAUCGUGUGAUUUGGAAACCAGAGAAGAGAGGCUUUUAUACUGUCAAAUCAGCCUACUGGAUUGCCAGGUCUACUGUUAUGCCAAAUGCAUUAGCCUCAACCUCUUCGGGUAAUGCUUUCCUACCUCUUUGGAAAAAACUGUGGAAAGCUAGAGUCCCAGGUAAAGUUAUGCAUUGUGCAUGGCGAGCUUGUCAUGAUUUGCUGCCAACUAGAGCCAAGCUAGUCACAAAGGGGUACGAAGGCACACUUAAAUGCCUCUCUUGUCCACACCCUUGUGAAACCACAGCUCAUCUCGUUUGCGCCUGCCCUAUUGCUCAGACUAUCCUAUUAGGUUCUCAUCUCAACAUUACUGUUUUGAUGUCCUCUAUUUUUAACUUCAAAGAAUGGAUGCUUGAACAGGCUACCUCCCUCUCUGAUGAUAAGUUUCAAAAAUUGCUGAUGAUCAUUUGGGGCUUGUGGCGCAACAGAAACAAUAUGCUUUGGUCUGACAAACAGCAGACAGCACAAGAAAUUAUUUGUGGUACGAUGUCAUGGUACCAUGAGUUUACCACUAUAAAUUACCCCCAGCAAAAGCCAUCUAAGACAUCUCAAAGAGUCAAAUGGUUUCCACCUGCUGUUGAUCAUUUAAAGCUGAAUGUGGAUGGUGCGUUCAUGCCUAAUGAAACUGAAGGUGGAGUUGGAGGCAUUCUGCGAGAUAACCAAGGUAUUGUUGUUGCUGCCUUUACUAAACAUAUCAGUGGCAUCAACUCUGCUAAUCAAGCAGAGCUGAAAGCAAUUCGAGCGGGUUUGAUUUGGCUGAAGACCUACAAUUUUCACAACUGCAUACUUGAGACUGAUUGUCAAGUUGCAGUUAAUGAAGUGCAGCUACAGGAUUAUAUAUCCUUGGAGUAUGGCAAUAUAAUUGAUGACAUUCAUGAACUGUUAGAAGGCUUUGACGACGUGUAUAUCAGUUUUGCGCCCCGAACUGCAAAGGCAGCAGCUCAUAGACUUGCUAGUGAUGCUUUUGAAUCUGUUGGUUAUGUACAAUGGAUGGAUGCCAUCCCUUAUAUGUUGAGAGAUACUCUCAAGCAUGAUUGUAACAACAUCUUGCAGUAA